GUUCUCUCGUGUUGCCGACGUGGGGUCCAACGCGAAGCAGCCCUUGCGGUACGCCAGCGCCGUCUCUGCAAUCCGCGAACUGUCCUUCCAGCACUGUGCAACUUUCCUUCGGGCCAUGCUGAUCGCGACGGGCAGCACAGCUGCAGCAGAAGCAGAACACUGUUUUUCUGAGUUUCGCGACUCUUGUGCCAUGUCUGGCCAGACGAGUUACAAAAUGGUCGAGGUUCUGCCGGGCGCGAGUCCCCGCAGCAGCCUUGAGGGUUCGGACGACGGAGCUGAGCCGCUCAUCGUCAUCCACAAACGAGAUGCUCGGGCUUGCCUCGUCGCAUGCUUGGCGUCCUUCUGCGGUCUUUUCCUGAUCCUCCUUGGCGUCGUCGUCUUUGUGGGCAGGAACCUGGUGAGCGCGAGUGCGCAAGGCAGCGUCAAUGCGCAGAGAGCGCAAACAACUCCUGCUGAGUUCCCUCGCUACAACAGCUGCGGAGGCUGCGAGGAGGGCAACAAGUCUGACGACGAGCUGAGACAGUGCAUACAUCCCUGCUACAAUUUGAGCUUCGUCCACAGCUGGGAGCGCUACAACAGGGACCAUGAGUUCAGGAUGGUCUACUUUCCCUCCCGUGCCGGCCCCCGAGGAGAGGUGCCGGUGAAUAUCUCGGCUUGGUGGUUGCCGGCGCCGCCCCGAGGUGGCAAGCCCGCGCCGCGCAUUGUCGCCAUGCACGGUGUCGGCGCCAACUGCAACCACUGCGGUGUUCAGAGCACCUGUUACUUGCUGCGAUCAAUGGGUUUCAGCUGCCUCACCCCCAGCGCCCGGGAUGCGGGGUUGUCGGGACCCUCGAGCCAUCCGGACAUUCUGACCUGGGGUUACGACUAUCACCUAGACACUCUCGGAGGCUGGGAUUACGCCGUGGAGGAUCCAGAUGGCCUUCUAGAUGGCCCGCUGCCUCCCGACCAGGUAGGCAUCAUGGGCUUCUCCAAGGGCGCCUAUGAGACCGCAAUUGCCUUCGGCCUGGAACAAAGAAUUCCUGGUGCUUGGCUGGACUCAGGCCCCUAUGCCGGGCUUUUCGGGAUGAUUGUGUCCACGGUUGCUCCGUACGUUGGCAGUUUUUUUGGGGACAUCCUUGCGAGAGGUGUAUUCGCCUCCGCUACCUUCUUCUCGGGCGGUCGUGUGGACGUUUACGACCCGUUGCAGUUGCUUUCCAACUGCACUGCAGGAGAGAAGAAGAGGCAAGUACUGAUUGCCCACGGCACCCUGGACGACACUGUCCCGACAAAGUACUCCGCGAUGGCGAUUGAGGUGUUGUCCGGGGAGCCACGCUGCUAUGAGGUCCGAACUUAUACGCCGCCGGCAUACUGCAAUGGGGCGUCCCAUCAUCAGGAGAUGUGGGAGUUUCCCGACGACACCAGGGGCAAGCUCUGCUCGUUCUGGAGCAGAACCUUUGACAGAGAUCCGGCUCUGUGUGGCCUGGGAAAGCUGCCAAGCUUUCAAGUUUGGGAGCCCUCAGACAGGUUACCACCUGGAAGUCCGCACACUCCGUCUUUUGUGUGA